AUGAAAUUCUUUGAUCUACGAAUAUCAUUUAAAUACAAAAAUUUUCAAUCAAAUAUUAAAGACGAAAAAGACGAUACUUAUGUUGAUAAUCAUUUAAUAACGCCAUCUAAUCCAACAGAUAAUAGUGAACAACCAUUAUUAAUUGUUCUCGAUGAAGAUGAUAUAGAUAGUGAUGAUGAAAAUGAACAGUUCAAUAUAAUAACAACUAAUAUUAAUUCAAACGAUAGUUUAUGUAAUAGUCAAGAACAUGAAACAAAUCUUUCAAAGAAAAGGUCGUCUACAGGCAAACAAACUUUAAACAAACCAAAAAAUUCACUAAAUUUAAUCUCACAUUCAUUAAAUAAUUCAAAACUUUUUCGUCAUACUCAAAAAUCCCAUUUACAUCCAUUAUUAAACGAUCAUAAUCGUCCAAUAUCGAAUAAAUUUUUUCGAACUUUUUUUAUCGGUACUAAUUUUAUGCGACAAACGCAUCAUCAACAAAAUCGAAAUCGAUUAAUAGCUCGGCGUAAACAUCCAGAUAAAUAUCUAUCAUCUGCAACUAUGUCGAAUAAUACAAAUUCGAAAAAUCUUUCCAUAAAUGAAAAUUCUUAUGGUUUAUCAUCAACUGAUUCAAUAUUAUCAAAUAUUUCAUUUGAUAAUAUAUCGAAUAUAUUAACUGUUUCACGUAUGGGCUCAAUAUUUUAUUGUCUAGAAGAUUUAUAUAUGAAAGUAUUUUCAUCAUUAUGUACAUUAGAUGAAUUUAUUAAUUUAUUAUCGAAAUCAGAACUUAUUAUAAUAAAACAAGUAACAUUAUCAGAAAAAAUAUCUAUUGAACAACAGAUACCACCAUUAAAAAAAUUUAAUGACAAUCGUUAUCGUCUUAUUUCAAUAAAUUCAUCAGAUUAUUUACUAAAAUUAAAACAAUUACUACUAACAUCAACAAAUCGAAAUGAAAAUGAAAGUCAACAACGCGAAAAAUAUAUCAAUCAAAUAAUUGAUGAAAUGCGUAGCUAUAGACGAACACCAACACCUGUUCUUUUAAAGGACAAAGUUUCACCUUCACCAAUGGCUACGAAACGUCUCUCGUCGGAUGAUGAUGACGAUGAACAUGAUGAAGAACCUCGAAAACGCUUGAAAAUUGUUACAAAAAAACCAAAAUCAAAUGAAACACCACCAUUGGCACCAACACAAUUUGGGAUAUUUAUACAAUGUAAUGGUCCAGUUAGUUGUAAUAUCUUUUCAACAAAUGAAACUGUUUCAGCAACAGCAGCUGGUACCGAAACAACAGCAGCAGCAGCAACAGCAACAACAACAACGACAACAACAAUGUCAACAUCAACAGUUGCAACAACUGAAUCUGAAAUUAUAUCAAAAUCUACAAUAAUAAAAAAACAAAAUGAAAAUACACAUAUGUAUUUUGAUAAAUUUCAUCAACAAUAUCAAAAUAUAUCAAGGCUUAAUGUUACUAAUGAACAAUCUAUUCAAAAAUCUACAAAUUUAAAUCGAAUGAAUUCACAAAAUCCUAUAGAUGAUACUCAUAUAAAUAAACCAUGUUCAUCAUCAUCAUCGUCCGUAAUGAAUAUGCCAAAAAAAUGGCGUAUACUUAAUUCAUAUAAUAAUGAUAUUCAUGAUUCUUCAAGUACAACAAAAUUUCAUAUACCGAUAUUAUCGACAAAUAAUUCACGUUGUUUAUAUCGUUCAAAAUCUUUUACAUAUAGUAAACAAUCAAAUAAAACUCUUUUACGUCGUUCAUUUAGUUUAUCAUUAAUAACAUGUCGUAAAAAAGAAAAUUUUUCAACAAUUAAAAAAUUUCUCACAAUCGAUAAUAAGACAAAAUUAAAUAUUAAAUCGACAGCCGAAGCAAUCGAUUUAACUGAUGAAAGUUAUUCAAUGCCGAUGAUUGUUAAUGUUGAAGAAAAUGUUGAACUUGCUAAUCAACGGCAUAAAAUCAAAAGUAAAAAAUCAACUUUAACCAACAAACAAAAUUUACCGUCAAACGUCCCUACUAUUUCAGAUCCUGAACCACGUGCACCUCCUACUAUUAUAUCGCGUUCAAUAGCACAUAUACCUAAUCCUUCAAUGUUAACUAAACCAACACCUAUUCAUCAUCCAAUUUCAUCAUCUUCUUAUCGUAUACCACCAUAUGGUGUUUAUCAUCAAGAUUCUUAUGUAUAUCGUGAUCCAUCAUCAGCUCCUAUGCCACAUUCGUAUUAUCAUUCAGCAGCAAAUGUAAAUAAUGGAAAUGUUUAUUCAUAUCCAUUUUCUUCUUCAAUACAAUAUCCAACAAUAAAAAAAUCUAAAGAAUUACCUAUAACAAAUUGUUAUGAUAAUCAAUCAAAUUCCGUUACAUUACCUCCUUCAUCAUUAUCAUCCAAUAAUAAUCAUAAUUUAGCAUCAUCUGUUGUUAUGCCUAUUGUUCGAAAACCAAAUUAUUAUCAUCAAUUAACACCUGAACAACAAGCAUCAAUUAAAAUGCAAACAUCACCACCAACGUCAUCAUCAUCAGUACCAUGUCGUUUACCUUGUUGUUUUCAAUCAUCAGCAAUGCAAUCACAACAUUCAGCAGAUAAAUUAGCAUCAAAUGAAAGACUUAUCUAUCGACAAUAUUCAGUUCCAACAUCAACAUCACAAAUAUUAAAACGUGAUCCAUCGCAAACACCAGAGAUUCAACAUUCAUCACCAUCUAUUAAUCGAAAACAACGUCGUAUUGAUUCUAUACCAACAACACCAACCACACCGUACUCAUCUUAUCCAUCACCGAAAUCAUAUUUUGUUCAACCAGCACCACCAUCUCCCGCAUUCUCAUCAUCAUCCCAUUGGCCAUCCACAUCUCCUUCAAUCACAAAUCCAAAUAUGAAUCCAUCUAUGCGUUAUCCAUAUCCACCACCACUGCCACCACCUCCUCCAAGUACACCGAUAAAUGGAAUGGCAGUACGUAAAACUGAAUCCUAUUCUCAACCACGUCGUCCAACACCAGUACAAUCUCGAGCACCACCAACAACACCUAUUGUUGCACAAAAUUCUUCAAUAUUAAUUAGUCCACCAAAUACACCACAUGAAUUAACAUUACCUAAUAUUCGUACACGUAGUAUUGAUUUACAACGAGCUAUUAUUGAACGUGGUUACUGUGACAUGGAUAAAUUACCUAAACUUGUUGUACGACAUACAAAAACAUAUACAAGUAAAACAAUUGAUACCAUGGGACAAUUAUUUCCAACAUGGUUUAAUGAGCCUGAUUAUCGUUGUAUACAUUGCUUUCGUUGUGAUCAAGUAUUUACGCCACAACAAUUUAUGACACAUGUUGAUGAUGAACAUAUGCAAAAUGAACAACCUUUAAAUAUGACAUCAAUACAAUUGUUAACUUCAGAAAAAAUGUCCGAAUAUAAAGUUGGAUUAUGGAAUCAAUUUUGUACAAAUCUUACUACCUAUGCAAGGUAA